UUUUACCACGUACUAAUCUGACUUAUCGCAAAAGUGAUCUGUGGUGUCAUUCUGACGGUUCUGACGAUUCUGAUUUGGUGAAAGGUUGAAAGCGUAAAGAGGGUGUUAUGGUUAGUUGAUUUAAUUUAAUAAAUUUUACCAUCUACAAAACAUGGAGGGUUCACGGACUCUGGAAGAAGAAAUAGUACAAGAGCAUGGAUUGUUCUUUUCCAUAUUAUUUAUAUUUUGUGUGUUCUUCGGUAUUUUUGCCGGCUUUUUCGUUAGCUGGUUCAAUCUGAUAUACAUAGCAUUGCAUAAGAUAGAUCAGAACAGCAAAAAACAUGGUGGAGAACUUGUGGCUGAAGUCCUACAGAGCCAUGGAGUGAAGUUUAUGUUUACACUUGUUGGUGGGCACAUUUCACCCAUACUUGUUGCUGCAGAGGCAGUAGGGAUUCAGAUUGUGGACACAAGACAUGAGGUAACAGCUGUAUUUGCAGCAGAUGCUGUUGCAAGAUUGUCUGGAACAAUUGGUGUGGCUGCAGUAACAGCUGGACCAGGUCUGACAAACACAGUUACUGCAGUGAAGAAUGCACAGCUUGCUGAGUCGCCAGUAUUGUUGAUAGGUGGUGCUGCAGCUGGAAUGCUUAAGGGUAGAGGUGCUUUACAGGAUAUCGAUCAGAUGUCACUGUUCCGCACAGUCUGUAAAUAUUGUGUUUCUGUUACUUCUGUUCGAGAUAUUGUGCCGUCUCUAAAAUAUGCUAUACAGGAGGCACAGUCAGGUACACCAGGUCCUGUGUUUGUGGAAUUUCCUAUUGAUGUACUCUAUCCAUGUUCACUUGUGAAACAGGAGGUUCUUGGUUCCAGAAAGAGUACUGGUUUGAGAGCACGACUAGUAUCAUGGUAUCUGAAAAACUAUGUGGAUAACUUAUUUGCUGGAGCAUGGGAACCACGAGACGUAACGCCACUUCCUCCAAUAAUUCAUCGGGCUACAGAAAAAGAGAUUCAAAAGAGCGCUGAAUUACUUUCUCGAGCAAAGCGUCCAUUGCUGUUACUUGGAAGUCAGGCAACUUUGCCACCAACUCCCAUCCACACAGUCCGCAGAAGUGUGGAGGCCCUUGGUGUACCAUGUUUUCUUGGUGGUAUGUCUCGAGGCCUACUGGGGAAGAACAGUCAGCUGCAGAUGAGGCAUCAGCGGAAAGAAGCUCUGAAAGAGGCUGAUUUAGUGAUUCUGGCAGGCACAGUUUGUGACUUCCGUCUCUCGUAUGGGCGUGUUCUACCACGAGGUGUUCCAGUGAUAGCAGUGAAUAGGGAUAAGGACCAGCUGUACAGGAACUCUGAUAUGUUCUGGAAACCCUCAUUGGCGGUAUGUGCAGAUGUAGGCUCAUUCCUGCAAGAAUUGUCCUUGUUCCUUGUGGACUAUAAAUGUUCCUCUGAAUGGCUUCAACAACUUCAAGACAGGGAUGCAAAGAAAGAAGAACAGCAUCAUAAGAUGUCUUUAGAACCAGCUGAAAAGUAUUUGAAUCCAUUGAAGGUGCUAUUUGAAGUGGAGAAGAUUUUGCCUGACAAUGCUAUAUUGGUAGUUGAUGGGGGAGACUUUGUUGGAACUGCAGCUUACAUCUUAAGACCUCGUGGGCCAUUGAGCUGGCUGGAUCCUGGUGCAUUUGGAACUCUUGGUGUUGGUGGUGGUUUUGCAUUAGGUGCAAAGUUAUGUCGACCAGAUGCAGAAGUGUGGAUCCUGUAUGGCGAUGGAUCAUGUGGAUUCAGUGUGGCUGAAAUUGAUACUAUGACCCGACACAAAGUGCCCAUCAUUGCCUUGGUUGGUAAUGAUGCAGCAUGGACACAAAUUGCCCGUGAACAGGUGCCUUUUUUUGGAAGCAGUGUGGCCUGCAAACUUGCUUAUACUGACUACCAGGAAGUAUCCAAAGGAUAUGGAGGGAAAGGUUUUUUAGUAUCAGAGGAUUCAGCUGACUUAAGUUCCAUUCUGAAGGCUGCUCAGUCAUUGUGUAGGGAGGGACACACUGUAUUGAUCAAUACAUUGAUUGGGAGCAGCAAAUUCCGAGAAGGCAGCAUAUCUGUGUAACUGGGAGUGUUGUAGAUUUUUGGUACACAAUUUUUGUCCAUGUUGCCAGAAAGUGUCAAAUACAGAGCUACAGGAAUUUGGAAUCACUGUGGCUGAGUUUUAAGAAUCUGUCAUGUUGUGGCACUUCUUGUAUUUAAUGAGAUAAGCAAUUAUAAUAUAAUUUUAUUUUUGUGAACA